CGGCCCCGCCCCCGCCGGGCCGCCUGGCGUGAAGCUGGCUGGCUGAGUCAGAGCUCGCCUGGCCGCAGCCCGGCACCGUGGAGCUGGGAUCCCCUUUCACUUGGGAGUUUUGUGGUCGCCUGGGAUCAGCGGUGACAUCCCAAAGGGCAGGCCCGGCAGCCGCCAUGGUGGCCAAGGAUUACCCCUUCUACCUCACAGUCAAGAGGGCCAACUGCAGUCUGGAGGUCCCCCUGGGCAGCGGCGUGACCAAGGACGCCGAGGAACCUAGUAAUAAACGGGUUAAACCCCUUUCCAGAGUCACAUCACUAGCAAACCUCAUCCCACCAGUGAAGGCCACACCCUUAAAGCGCUUCAGCCAAACCCUGCAGCGAUCCAUUAGCUUCCGCAGUGAGAGCCGCUCUGACAUCCUCGCCCCCCGACCCUGGUCCCGAAAUGCCACCUCUUCAAGCACGAAGCGGAGAGAUAGCAAGCUAUGGAGCGAGACCUUCGACGUGUGUGUCAACCAGAUGCUUACGUCCAAGGAAAUCAAGCGUCAGGAGGCGAUCUUUGAGCUUUCUCAAGGAGAAGAAGACUUGAUAGAGGACUUGAAAUUAGCAAAAAAGGCCUAUCAUGACCCCAUGCUGAAACUCUCCAUUAUGACAGAACAGGAGUUGAAUCAAAUUUUUGGAACACUGGACUCUCUGAUUCCUCUACAUGAAGAGCUCCUUAGUCAGCUUCGAGAUGUUCGAAAGCCUGAUGGCUCGACUGAACAUGUUGGUCCCAUCCUCGUAGGCUGGCUGCCCUGUCUCAGCUCCUAUGACAGCUAUUGUAGUAAUCAAGUGGCCGCAAAAGCCCUACUGGACCACAAAAAGCAAGAUCACAGAGUCCAGGAUUUCCUUCAGCGAUGUUUAGAAUCCCCCUUUAGCCGCAAGCUAGAUCUCUGGAAUUUCCUUGAUAUUCCAAGAAGUCGUCUGGUAAAAUACCCUCUGCUUCUUCGAGAAAUCUUGCGGCACACACCAAAUGAUAAUCCGGAUCAGCAGCACUUGGAAGAAGCUAUAAAUAUCAUCCAGGGAAUUGUCGCAGAAAUCAACAUCAAAACUGGGGAAUCUGAAUGUCGUUAUUAUAAAGAGCGGCUUCUUUACUUGGAAGAAGGCCAGAAAGACUCCCUGAUUGACUGUUCAAGGGUCCUGUGUUGUCAUGGUGAACUGAAGAACAACCGGGGUGUGAAACUACAUGUUUUCUUGUUCCAAGAAGUGCUUGUGAUCACUCGAGCUGUAACCCACAAUGAACAGCUCUGCUACCAGUUGUACCGGCAACCAAUCCCCGUGAAGGACCUCCUGCUCGAAGACCUGCAGGAUGGAGAAGUGAGGCUGGGUGGUUCCCUACGAGGGGCUUUCAGCAACAACGAGAGAAUUAAAAACUUCUUCAGAGUCAGUUUCAAAAAUGGAUCCCAAAGUCAGACCCACUCACUACAAGCCAAUGACACCUUCAACAAACAACAGUGGCUCAACUGUAUCCGUCAAGCCAAAGAAACAGUGCUAUGUGCUGCUGGGCAUGCUGGAGGGCCUGACUCCGAGGGAUCAUUCCUCAGUCCCACCACGGGAAGCAGGGAGCCCCAAGGUGAAACAAAACUUGAGCAGAUGGACCAAUCAGGCAGUGAGUCGGACUGUAGUAUGGACACGAGUGAGGUCAGCCUUGACUGUGAGCGAAUGGAACAGACAGACUCUUCCUGCGGGAACAGCAGGCCUGUGGAAAGCAACGUCUGACAGAAGGGUGUGACCUUCCUAGAAGUAGACCUGUGUCUUACCUGUACAGUAUUUGCAUUCCACACAUGGAACAGUUUGGAGAAGCACUUUUUCAUACUUUUGUGACUGUUGGCUUGGUCUCUUGUAUCUCUGUACCUUUGUCCCUAGUACUGUAAUUGCCAAUCAAUCGGUGUCAACUGAAAUCAGAGGCAGCCAUUACCCUGUACUGUAUUUCACAGGUGUCUGGAUGAAUGGAGAGGUACUAGGACAAGUUACUUUUCAGUUGUCCUGCUAGAUUUUUUUGAAGUAGAAAGAAAAGAAUCUCUAAACUACUGUCUUGGCUAGAUUGCUUGAAGAGCCCAUCUUCCACACUUCUCUAGUGAGUUGUAGUCCUUCACAUGGCAGCUGCAUGCCUGGAAUGUAGAAGGCCUAGCAAACCAGGGUAUCAGAAUGAUAGUUGAGGGAGAGCCAGGAAAGUCCAACCCUUCAGUGAAUGUGGCUCUGUGGUAUUCAACAAGAAAGCAGGAAACAUCGCUGGAGAUUCUAAAGGCUUAAUUUUGUAAAGAUGGAAACAUUGAACCUUGGCAACUUCAUCCAGUGCAGGUUUGAUGCAGAUAGGGCCUAGAAAAAGCAG